AUGACGUUCUUCCAACUUGUAGCCGUGCUGACAAUCUUCUGGGGACUUUUGCACUAUUCAACACGUCAUUGGCUGCUGCAGUCUUCUACCUCCCGUCCACAUCGGCAUCCCAGCUUCCUCCCAACCACGGCCUUCAACAACCAACGGAGUACGAGCUAUACCCGAACGUUUGGCCACUUGCGUGUCACAACUACUUCCCUUAAUUACUUCUUUGCAUCUCUCUAUUCGCGGGUUUCACCACAGUGGUGGAAACAAUGGUUUGCCCUUGGGACGGUGGUGGGAAUGGUGUGCAUGGUGGCCGGACUUGGAGUAGUUGCCCAUGGAGUGCUGAACUUUUUACUCAAGUUUUGGGCUGAGAAAGUAAAACACGAUGAAGACUUCUUAGCGGAUUUCAGAGGGAAUAGCUCAAUGGUGUACUCAACGGGGGCAAUGUUGACAACUGUUACUGGGGGCGACGCCUUGGUAUCUUUGAUACCCGGAGUCAAUUUGCCAAUAUCUUCUCUUGGAUAUUACCUUUUUGCCCUGCUUUUCGCCGGUAUUGUGCAUGAGCUGGGCCACGCUCUUGCAGCAGUGCUCUACCGAGUCCCAAUUCAAUCUUCAGGCUUGUUUCUGACCGUUCUCUAUCCUGGCGCCUUUGUCGAGCUGCACGAUCCCACUCUGAGCCUUCUAGGGCCACCGGAAAGGCUGAGCAUCAUCUGCGCCGGCGUAUGGCACAACACCGUUCUGGCAAUUUUCACCCUUUUCGCUAUAUAUACUCUCCCAUUGUGGAUGGGGUGGGGUUACACGCAAUUUGAUCAUGGCGUCGUGGUACUGAACAUCAUGAACCACUCGCCACUGGUCGGACAUCUGUGGGUGGGAAGCCAAAUUGUCAGUGUAAACGGGGCGGAUAUCAACGAUGGCAUUCGAGGAUGGGAACAACUUCUUUGGAAUCAAGUAGUAGUUGAAAGAGAUACAGGAGGAUGGUGUAUUCCACAUUCAUCGAUUGAUGCCGAAGCCCUUACGUGCUGCGAUAUUACUCCAUCAAACCCUCUCGGCCCACCCAAUGUCUCUUCUCAAUGUUUCACCUCGCAGAAUGGCACGAAAUCCUGUCUUUACCUCAACAAUGUCAUGCGCGCUUACCAGUCUUGUAAUGUAACGCAAGAUUGCCAAAAGAGUGUGACGGGCGAUUCGAUUCCAGCUCAAAGAGCAAUGUGUAUGCGUCCGUAUAUUCUGAACCGCUUCAUUCGAAUCUUGCGGAUCGGUGUCAGAGAAGGCGGAGAGGUGCGAGAUGUAAUCUACUUGGGAGAUCCUAGAGAGGUCUGGGAAGAAGUCAGAGUUGGAUCGCUCCAACCGCGGGCAUGGUUCCUUCCUGUCGUCCUUCCAUACAUGAUGGAACGUCUUUUGCAUUUCAUAUUUUCAAUAUCGGUUGCUCUAGCCGUUUUCAACAUGGUGCCUGUCUUUAAGCUGGAUGGACAUCACGCGCUCAUUGCAUUACUCGACUGGAUAUGGGCGAAGAGCAAAAAUAGAGAGCGGGGAAAGAUUGUUGUACGUAGGUGGAUUGAGGUAGCGAGUACGGUGGGAUUAGGUAUACUGAUGGUGGACGGGCUUCGGGCGGCAAUAACCGGCUGAUUAAUCUAAAGACAGGGAGCUGCUACGCAUUCACCCUUUCGACGAAGAAGAUAGACCCAACUACGGGAUUACACAAUUAUCAUAAUUACUACCACACAAAAUCUGACAUUUGCCAGCAACCGCACAUGUUUAUUCCUUUCCGGCUCCGCUCUCUUUCUGCUUCCUCCUCAAUUUCAC